AUGCGUUACUCUCUGGCCGUUCCGGCUCUUGCAGCCUUAGCCGCAGCUCUCCCUGCUCCUCAGGAGAUCGACCUUGACAUGGUCAUUGCACAGCCUGAUAUUUCCUACACCACCACCGCCUCCAGCGUUACUUACGAUGCCACUUCUAUUGCUGCUCAGGCGACCGAGGACAUCACCUCCGUCUCCGUCGACCUCAGCGCUAUCGCUACUCAGACUGCCGUCGUAGCCAGAAGAAACGUCGGAAAGAGAGCCGCAUGUGCUGCUCAGCCCACUGGAGUUGCUUCCUUCGCUGUCAACACUCCGGAUGACACUGCUUCUGCUUUCGCAGUCAACUCUGCUUUUGCUGCCGCUGCCUCCGCCGCUCCUGUUCCCUCUGGCUACUCGAACACCUUCACCAACUUGAAUGCUUCCAACAAUGCUUACGGAUACAUGGGUUACACUACCCUGUCAAGCUAUGACACUGAAAAGUGUGCUAGCAAGUGCAACGCCAUCAAUGGUUGCAUGUCCUUCAACUUGUACUUCGAACGCGACCCUUCCGUGGAGCCUGCCGCUACUUGUACCGAUCCUGCAAGUGUUACCAUGAUCAAGUGCGUAUUUUGGGGAGGUCCGGUAUCACAAUCCAACACCAACAACUACGGCCAAUACCGUAACAAGUUCCAGGUCGUCAUUGCUGGUUCCAACGGAUACAUGAACAACACCCUCGCUGUGCCUGAAGGCUUCACUUCGGCUCAGUACCUUGGUAACGCUGCUAUCAACGCUCCUCUUGACCACGAAGGCUAUGACACUUUCAUGGGCUCUCGUAUCUUCACCGCUGGUCCCUUCAACGCUUCCCUCUGUGCUGCUCAUUGCCAAGCUCAAAACGCCUACAACAUUGCUCACCCUCCUACCAACGGCUCGCCAGUCAAGAUCUGCAAUUUUUUUAACACUUACCUGCUUUACCUGAACAAGACUUCCAACAGCCAAGGCCAAUACUGCUCUCUCUACACCGAAGCAUGGGGAUCAAGUUACGCUACCAACAAGGGUCAAUACCGCGGAGAUGAUCACUACAUGAUCGAGUACUCCUACACAUUCACCAACGCUUCGAACUCUGGCUUUGACCCGAAGAAGGGCGACACUAACGGAGCUGUUCACCAAGCUUCCGUCGACAUCCAGUAUGCCACCCUCCAGCCAUUCUGCUCAUCAGCCCUUGGAUACACCGCUCUUCUUGCCACUGUCACCCCUACCACCAUCGAGACUCACGUUAUCACAAACACCAUUCUACAGACCACCACCACUACUGCCAGUAUUAACAAGCGCUCUGCUUUCACCGUCGCCUCUUCGCCUUUGUCGACUCCUGCUGUUUUGACCAAGUACCCUGCCUCCAUCGUCUCAAGCGCAUGCUCAAUGCUCGUCAGCCAGGCUACCAGCACCUCAACCUCUACUGCUCCUGCCGUCACAUCUCAAGCUCCUACUCAGACAGCUUACGAGACAUCGAUGAUCACCGUCACUGCCUCUCCCAUUCCCAGCGCCUGUGGCAACAAGGGUAUCCAGUUCGCGUACUAUGGUUCGGGCGUCUACGAUGAGGGCGACUGGGUCAACUACGUCGAACCUUCAAAGUACGCAAGCCGUAAGCCUACUUGGGAGAGCACUACCAACAAGGUCGGUGGUAUCAGCGUCGAUGCUGGGCAAAACAUCCAGAUCUACGACUCUGGCCACUACCAACGCUCUGAGUACUUCAUCUUGAACCACCGCGGUUACAUCUUCGCCCAGGUUCCUGGCACAUACACCUUCACCAUCUCUCAGCCUGAUGACAUUGUCUUCCUCUACCUCGGACAAACUGCGCUGAGCGGCUGGAACCAGGGCAACGCCGCUGCUGUUGCCGCUUGGGACAAUGCGAACUUCGGAAGAUACGACACUGCUUCUUACACCCUCAAGGCUGGAGACUACCUUCCAUUCCGCAUCUUCUUCGGUCAGCAAGGCGGCCCUGUCAAGUUUGCCUUCUCCAUCACCGCUCCCGAUGGCACUGUCAUUCUUGACAGCAACACUGCUGAGUCUGACUUUAUCGUUCAGCACUCAUGCGAUGGCACUACCGCUCCCGCUUUCCCUCCUUUCGGUCAGGAGUAA